AUGAGAUGGCAAUUAUUGCUUACCAUUCUUUUUCAAGUGGUCGACAGCGCAUGGCCGCCAAAAUCACCCCGCGAUGCCCUUCUGAGCUCGCCGGGAGGCCGACAAAAGUACCAGGACAUACAGCGCCGGCGAGAACUCCUUUCCUCACCUUUGAAACGCUCGAAUACAACACCAAACUUCCGGUCCAAAGCCAAUCAGGUCCUAGACGAGGGCGAAGAUGAGGAUGAAGGCGAGGACGAAGAGACGCUGGAAUUGCAGCUGGCGGAGAUCCAGGCUCGCCUGAAAUUGAAACAGCUGCAGAAGAAACGCGCCAGAUCUGGCACUACAAGCUCGAAUGCAGAGGAAGGAGAGGAUGAGCACGUCCGCCCGACCUCAGGCAUUGCUUCUUUGUCACGGCCACAAAAUCAUGCCUUGGUCCCUAGAAGCCCGCAAAACGUCCAACGAAGGACACAACCCGACGAGGUUCAAGUUCCGGUAUCUCCAACAAAACGAGAAGCGCCCCCGGAUCCUUGGUCUCCCCAAAGAUAUCGGAUGGGAAUUGACAAGGGUUGGAAAGCGAAUGAUGUAUCACUCAAGCGACCCCCGAGCGCAAGGAAGGACGCUCGGCCGGCCAGUCAGCUGGGAACCCGAAGUGGUGCUAUAUCACGUUCUAGUGAUGUGUUCUCAUUGAGACCACAGACCUCUCCCGGAGGCGGAGGGUUGCAUAGGAUCAAAAGUUUCAGUGAGCGAAUGGCCGAGGGCCGAGCCGCUGAAAAGUCGCGCCUGGAAAGAGCAGAGAGAGUCCAGGCGAACAGAAGCUCCGCUUUCAAAUUGGACAAGGCUGAGGUAGCUGCUUUCAAGACCGCAGCUGCCAACAAAGUGCCCUCACCACCUCCAUCUUCUAUCCGGGAGCCAGAAGCGCCAAGUUACAGUCGAGAAGAUAUCAUGCGGGCAUUGAGCAAACCCCGACCUGGCGGGUUGACACGCAGCGAAACGGCUCCAAAUGUCAGACGGUUGGAAAGUAAUCGGGAUGGCACUGGCACGCCCUCCGAAGAAGCAGGGGACUCAUCCAAGUUCGAAUCCUACUCUAGGCAGCAUCUGUCGAGCCGCGUCCUGCCCCAUUCCUUCUUGAGCCGCACCCUAGCAGAGAAGAACGUCCUCUGCAUUCCCGAUCUUCUCAAGACAGUCAAGGCACCUGAUUUUGAGCUGCCGGAUGAAAUGGACGGAGACUUUGUGGUGUUUGGGAUCGUUGCAUCUAAAUCCGACCCAAAGCAGAAACAAAACUAUGGGAAUACCUCUGCAAAGACAAUCGAUCCUUACGAUGACGGCCUAAAAAACACCGACCGAUACAUGGUCAUCACUUUGACUGAUCUCAAAUGGACCAUUGACCUCUUCCUCUUUGAUACAGCUUUCCCCCGUUACUACAAGGUCUCAACGGGAACACUCAUCGCGAUCUUGAACCCUACAAUCAUGCCCCCUCCAAAACAUAAGCUAGAUACCAACCGGUUUAGUUUGGCGCUUUCAUCAUCAGAUGACAAGGUCCUCGAGAUCGGACACUCUCGAGACAUCGGCUACUGCAAGGCCACGAAGAAAGAUGGCAAGACCUGCCAGGCAUGGGUGGAUGGUCGAAAGACCGAAUUCUGUGAUUACCAUGUGGAUAUCCAGAUACGGCGUACCCAAGGCCAGCGCAUGGGCGUCAAUGGCGAUACAGGCAUGUUCGGCCCUGGUGGCAAGUCUGGAUCACGGACCGGUUUCUUCGGCGAGGGAGGCAAGCGACGCAGCGUUCAGCGUGAUCCCAAUACCCCCAAGCAGGGCUUGAAACCGGAAGGUGCCCAGUACGAUUGGGGCUCCCAGUCCACGUACUACGUAGCGCCGGCUCGCAAGAGCCACGGCAAUCGUUCUUCCUAUCAUCCCAAUGCCUCAGGUGAUUCAGCUGCGAAUUUGCUCGAUGCUGUUAGUGAUGACCCUUUCAUUGCCGCUGGUAUGAUGGGUCGUGGCAUGGAGAAUAAGGAAGAACGAUUGCGCAGGCGUCUCGCAACUCAGGAACGUGAGCGCGAGAUCACACAGAAGCUCAUUUCUGGCCGCAGUGGUGUCGGUGCAGAUUAUCUUCGCACCCGUACUGCCAAUGAAAGCCCUGGCAAUGGCAACAAAGACAAACUACCGGGCACACCCAGUACCCCGAAGACUCUUCCCCAGAGCAGCAGCAUGAACCUGGCUAGCUUCGGCAAAGCAAAGAACGUCCGCCUGGGCCCCAUGAAGCGUGCCAAUGCCAACCCGCAUGGUAGCGGGGUGAAGAAAACACGCUUCAUCACUGCGAAUGGGAUACGAGAAGCGGGUCGAGAAAGCCUAGGUGGCCCCGCUGAACCUGGCACUAGCAGAAGACAGAUUUUGUCGGAUGACGAUGACGAUGACGAUGAAUUAGAUAUCAUCUAA